AUGUACGCAAGAGGCUUCAAUUAUAGCAGUCAGGGCUAUGGGCAUUACAAUGCUCCUUACCAUCUAUCCCAGCAAAACUCGCUGCAUCAUCCACCUUAUCAACCGUACAUUUAUAACGCGCCGCGUUACACUUUCAACGCGUUCCCGCGUACUAAUCCGUCUCCGUUCAAUCAUAUCUCACCGUCCGCACCUUCGGCCAUCCACUACCCAAGCGAAUCACGUCUGCCGGAUCUAACAGUUUCGAGACAAAGUUACGAAACUCAUUGUCAUUACUACACGCCUCCUUCGCUAACCCCACAACCGGUUGCAACACCACCUGAACCGCUAAUUCACAGAGAGAAAGACGUUGAGCAAACCGUACACGAAACGAGCGUCAGCGAGAAAUUAGCUGACAAUUGCUAUCAAGGUGAGUAAUAUUCAUUUGAAGUGAUUUAGAAUUUCUAUGCUUCUUGUGGUGCGACGUGAUUUGUUACCGCCAGAUUAUGAGCUAUGGAAAAGGAUUAUUGUCUUACGAGAUUCGUGAGUGUGAUUGCCGUGUAUUGCUCAUUAUAUCAUAGUUAACAGCGUAUUAUACCCGCAUUUCCUCAAAAAAUUGCUUGAUUGAGAAUUGAUGGAAUCUUAGUGUAUUUCCUGGUCUUAUGAGGCUUUUCAAGCUUCAAAUCAAUCAAAUAAAAAGUGCACACCUCUGGUAUGAUUUUGUUAUCCUCUCCCGAAAGCUUAUUAAGCAAUUUUAAAAAGAAGAUAAAAUCAGAAGAAACAAAGUCAAGCUUAGAGUUAAGGUAAAAGCGUAGAUUGAGAUUUUCAUGAUCAAUUCUUCGACCCGGUUGCUGCCAUCCUACUCUACUUAUCUACGAGAGCUACGCCGGUUUUGCCACUCAAAAGAGCGGCAGAAACUCAGUAAUAUUCUUCAAACAGCUGCUUAAAGCCUCUAAAAAGUAUGGCAUUCAAAAAAUAUGAUUACACUUUUGAUUUUUUUUUUUUCAACCCGUCCGACCUGUGUUAGAUUGUAGCAAAAAAAAUCUUGGCAACAAAGACAGCAAACUAGACUAAAUCAAAAUAAAAAAACAUUAGAGUUUUAUAAAGGUAUAGCACUACAUCGUUUGACAAAGUAGACAUUCGUAACUUGCAGGUAAUCAUGAGGGCUCCAGAUGUACUAAGUCUUAAUGAUACAAUAUUUCCUUGGUGGGUGCUUGAAGACCACUGAAAUUUUUGUGCUUGUGGAGAAAUUUACAGCUGUUUGGCUUUCCAGAGUAAAGCUGCAGCUCAUCUCUUUCAGACCGUGCUUAAGAUUUACAGAAAACGUUUUCAGCUAUUUUAACUCCAUCCCUGUCUUUCAAAAGCAAAACAAAAAAAGCGAGAACGCAAUUUCCAUUUUCCCCUCCUGCAACUAGAAUGAUUUUAGCAGUUGAAUGUGUGUCGUUAAAGCUUGACACAAUCAGAUGAGACUUAUCUCACUGGUCAGGAGUAAUCAGUAAUACGCAACAAAUAUUGUUCAGGGAAAAACUCAAUCCUAAUUGCGUUUUACAUUGUCAGAUAGCACACAUUGUUUUAGUACUCUUACUAGCUUUUGCCUUUUAUUCAAGCGCAAAACAAAACUUAAUUGGGCGUUAAUACACGGAUGAUAAAAAGUUUAGCCUCAAAGGAUUUCCCUAUUUUUUGCAUACUCUUCCCCAAUUUCCUCAGCUUUUAAUCCUUUCAAACUGGAAACACUUCAACGUAGACCGUCGAAAGAAAUCACAGUGUCAAAGUUCUAGCUACGAUACCGUCAGAAGCACGUUGAAAAUGUGCCAUAGUUUUUUCUUAACUCCUUGGUGUAGUGAAACUUGUACAUCCACUAACUUCGUGUGUCGAGAAAGUGGAGGUAUUUAAAUAAUUUAAUCAUGACCUAUGUUAUUUUUACAUCUGCCUUUCCCGUUCUAUGAGCUUUAAAUCUUUUCUGGACUUUGAAGGAGAGACAAAAAGGAAAAGAAGACUGAUGUUUGGUAAAACACCGUUAAAUUACAAGUACAAAGUAUUACACUUUUUUUAAGGGUGUAUGGAGUACCGGCUUAAGAAUCUAAAUUAUAUUUCGCACCCCUUUCUCCAUUCAGAAAAUUAUUUCAGGUUUGUAGGAAAAGUGCCUACAGAGAAAAAGAGAGCUGAUUUCCCUGAAAUUGAACAUUUGUAAAACUGCUGACUAACAACUGAUUUCUGUAACUUAUACUUCGCAACUUAGACAGAGAAACACCUCCUGAUUUGCACCCAAAGGACUGACACAUAAAAUUCAGUUUGGAAGUCUGACGGCAUUAAAAAGGAAAGAACAAAAGAGCAUAUCCUGGCUUGUAUCGUUACCUCUCAAACUUUGCAGUUUCAUGAUUAAUAACAUUUUAAUCUGCUAUUGAUGAUGAAAACACGCACUCAUGCAAGAGCAUUAUAUCAUUCCAUAUUGCUGCGUACUGGAAAGCCCCUAAUCAAGAGUAACAAAGCCGAAACCAGAGUGCUUGGACUCGAUUUUUCAUAUGAGCGUACAAUGCCUACGCUAGCAAAUAUCGCCCUACACAAAAUUGGAGUCUUUUCACAGAUGCCAAGUACGAAAGCAUGACAUGUUUAGGUAAUCCAAGCUGGGAAGCGUGAAGCUAUGAUAGAGGGAAAUAAGUGUUUUAUUAACUGGACUGGUCACAGUGUCGGCGGACACAUCAAAGGAAAAAUAUCGCUGUGGGACCACGGGUCACAGUAUAUUGCCUUAACAUUUGGUAACAAAAACAUCUGAAAAGUCGAUUUUCUUGAAAUAGAAUAAUAAGAUUACUCCUGUUGGCGCAAAGCGUGUGUUAUGUCGCUGAGAACAUGAUGUGGAUCCGGCGCACCUCAUAAAACUGAAAGCAAAUCUGCCGUCCCGUCUUGGGCCAUAAUUCUUGUUAAAAAUCGUUUUUUACUGAGUAAAGAGAAUGAAGUCGAAAGGCAGACUUAACUCUUUUCCUCGGCAAGAAAGCUGAAGCCAAUUGUGAAGAAAAUAAUAAUAAACACCAAAAAGAGGACUAAACUUUAAGGAACUUUUAUUGCUCAAAUCAUUGCGUUUUCCUGAAUCAUCGGGUUGACAGGAUGAUCUUGAAUGAAGGAUUUCAAAAAUAAAACUGAACAAAACAUCUCUUUGUUGAACUUUCAUUAUUUGGCACUACCAAAAUGAUACAAAAAUAUUAACGUUUAUAGUUUUCAAUCACAGUUUUAAAGCUUAUAAUGAAAUUGACCAAAAAGAGUUAGUCCUGGAUUGACUUUUUAACGGCUAACGAGUUAAAUGUGUCUUCCAGAAGUUUCUCUACUGGCGUGAAUGGUAUGCUGAACCAGUAAAAAAAAAAGGCCGACAAAACAACGGAUUAAUAACAGCUGUAGAUAUUCUAAAAAAUAAAAAAAACUUUAGUAGUCGACAUUAAUUAAUUUUAUAAUUGCCGUGAUGCAUUUCUAGGCUAGCUACUACUUAGCCAAAAUAUCGAGUUUUAUAAGCGCGGUGGAUACGCCAAAUGUUUGCGAACACCAUCAAAAUACAGCGCACAAGUAACAACAAAAGACUGCUUUAGAAUGUUCACAUACUCUCGCGAUACGACCGACUAAAAUAAUAUGAUAAUCUGUUUACCUGCUGUUAAAACGGGCAAAGGGCUCUUUAAAUUAUUAAACUUUGUUUUCCUUUAAAUAUUUUACCUGUUUGCUGAGAUUAUAGAACUGCAAAGAGCCCGACAUUGUGCAGACUGUUGCCACAUGUUCAACGAAUUCAUGCUUUUUAAGACACAAGGCAAUAUUCAUAUGGCUAUAAAAUCUUUAUUAUUUUAUAUAUUGAAAUUAUCGUUCCACGUUCAACAACUUUUAAAAUGUUCAAUUUCACAUAAAGAGACGUGCCUAAAAGUUAGGCUACUUUAAUCAGCAAAUUAAUCUGCUAAAUGAUCACAUGGCUUAAAUCUUUAUUUAUAUAUUUUAAAAAAUAUCAUUCCUCGUUGAAAAACUUCAUUUUCAAUUUCAAAGAAUUGCGAAAGUGAAGAUAAGCUGGGUCCUGAUUUAAACGGCAAAUCAUUUAUUCUCGUAUAUGAGACUUGAACUUCAAGAGAGUUUCGACAUGCAGAAUUCAAGAGACAGCACUCUAUGAACGCAUGACGCUUAACCUUAUAUAUUUUUUGUGAAAACAGGGGAAGACGUUGAAGAAGAUGAAGACGAAGAAGAGGAAAAAACAGAAAAACCAAAAGGAAAGAAACGCAAAGAAAGAACCGCUUUCACAACGCAUCAACUACGUGAACUUGAAAACGAAUUCGCUCGAAAUAAUUAUCUAACCAGACUUCGACGAUAUGAGAUCGCGGUGAGUUUGGACUUAUCAGAAAGACAGGUGAAAGUUUGGUUUCAAAAUCGACGAAUGAAAUGGAAAAGAGUUAAAGGAGAGAAGAAACCAGAAAAGAAAUCACCUUAUCAAAUAAUGCAACUUGAAAAAGAAAGGCUACAGUAA